AGGAGGUACGGGUACACUAUUGAGCAAGGGGAGAGACAGAGGGGGAGAGAGGCAGAGGAGAGGGUGACUAAGUGAAUGCAGUUUGCCGUCGCGUGUCGCUGAAUCACAGUGAAGUCCACACACAGGCGGACGAAUUGGACCUGAAUCAACAAAUGGAUACAGAAAAACUGGAUGUACACUGCAUAUGAGGAGACAAUAAGGGAGGAGGAAGACUCUUUUUCUUCAUAUCCUUUUAUCAGACAGAGCUGUGAGGAACCCACAGGUAUGGAAAGGAAAAAUAGCGGACAACAUUUAUCUCCAACACCCUUGGAAGCCGUAGAGCUGUGAGCCAGAAUGAAGUCGUCUGUGGGACUCGCUGGGAUUGAAUAUUUGCUCAUGCUGGUGUGUGUGAGUGUGUGAGCUGAUAUUAGCAGCCCCAUUGGUAUUCAGUGGAGGGAGCUCCAGGAUCUCGCUGCGCCUUUCCCCAGGAUGGGAUCACAGAGCGGGGAUUGUGCUCGCCUGUGGAGAGCCUGCUGAAAUGGAUCUGAAGCCUUGCAGAGAUGGACACCAAAUGGGCAGCAUGGAAGCCAACAUCCACCCUCCAGCGACUAGCUUUCCACACCUAACCGCCUCCACCAUCUCCAGCCAUCAGCUUGAACCAUCCCAGCAAAGACCCCACAUGCAGAGUUGAGGACGGAAAAGCUAGGCUGAGAUACCAGAAGUCGUCUACAGGAAGUAGAGAAAAGCAGAGGGGUGACAUGCCUCAGAGGAGUUAACUAACAGCAAACCAGUCAACUUGUUGAGCACACAAUUGACUUCAUCUGAAAUGAAAUAAGUUGCAGUGAUGCUUGAGCGCUGGUAUGGAGCUCUUGGACAUGUCUGGAUUUAUCGCCUGUAUAUAUAUCCUAUCAAGAUUACAACACUUUCCUGCACACCUCAGAGCUGGGCUACGUUUCCAGAUUGGCUUGUGGGCAAAAGCAAGUAAUUGAAAAUUCCCCCUUGAGAGGUUCUGAUUUGUUGUGGGGUAGGAGAACUUUUUUUUUGAAGGAACACUUAUUUAAAAAAAAAAAAAAACCUUCCUUUAUCCCACAUUUUUCCCUUUUUUCUUUUUCACCAUCUUUCUCAGUCAUUGCGGAGAAAUACAUUAUGAAGCAGCACCAUUCUACUCAUUCUCCCAUGGUGACGGAUAGAUAGGAGGGACAGACUGUCCAGAAUAGAUAACAACCAAGGAGACUGGCACUGAGGAGAGGAGAAGGGGAAAAAUAGCAGGGAAUAGAAGGAAACAGCUAGCGAGAGAAAGAAGAAGAGGAAGCAAGAAAAGAAAAUUUUAAGAAUUGACUGGGAUUGUUCGAAAUCAAAUUUGUCUAAUUCACCUGUGUCAUAUUGGAGGCUAGUUAGCACAAUGUGCAGGGGAGGGGUCAGGAUUCACACCAGGAGGGGCACUUGAGCAGGAGAGGAGGUUAUGUCCCCCCCCUGCACCUGCCUGGUCUGGUACUUAGUGUUUGGCAGGAAGACAGACUGAAAGAUGGUCCGGUUAACAGGCAGCUAUAUUGACAGACGAGCUCUGAGGCUGGUAAGAUAGACAGGCAGAAGGGCAGACAGAUAGACAGGCAGGUAGAUAGACAGACAGACAGACAGACAGACAGCCUAUUCCAAGUGUCAGGCAGAGAGCCAGGCAGACACCCAGUGCCGGCACAGUAGACAGCGUGCAAUUCAUUGUCAUUCUAUGCAGUGUGUGACGAAGAGACAGAGAAAAGGAAAGGAAGCAGAGACAGAAAGAACGAAGAGGAGCAUCCCUGUUUUUGUAGCUUCUGGAGGAUUGCAUCCACCUCAGUCAGUACUGUGACAAGCCCAUGGACUAAAAACAGGCUGGGAAGGGAAGGGGCUUUACUAGAAAGGAAAUACAGGUUGGAGAAAGAGGGAGGGGGGAGGCAGAGAAACAGAGGGAGAGAGCAGGUGUCAGAAAUCCUCCCCUUCAUCUGCUUGUCAUUUACUCCAUUAUGUUCUCUCAUCGUCUGGCGAGGUGAUUGGUUUUCUGAUGCCGUUGUUCCUCUGCUCAUAGGCCCUGCACAACCCAGAGCAAAACAAGAGGUGGACAGACAGAGGAAAGCAAAGAAAGACAGCAUUAAAGGAAAGGUGGAGUCCCAUUUUGAUUGACUAAUUUUUCACCCCUACCUUUUCUUAUUUGUCAAGAUUGGCUGUUGUUAUUUUUGCUCACUUUUUUUCUUAUAGUAAGCGGUCCCUCAUAAAUCCCUCAGUGUCUUUGUACACAGAAGUGAACCGCUCCUUCCUUCAAUUGUUGAUUUUUCGUGACUUGCUAUAAAGGGAUUAUUUUCUUCAUCUGAGUAUAAACACUGGAAUCCUCCAGAUUCCUUCAAUAUGUCCUCACCCCCAGUGACACAGUGUGAACCCCUCUGACUCCUACAAGGCCCUUUUGCUGAAGUGCUAAAACCCUGUGGUCUCGGAUCUCAAUGCCUGUGUUGACUCACUACUACAGCGAUGACAUGGGACAACUCAUCUGAUACCUUUUGAUUAAUUCUGUGGUGAUACAGGCAGCCAGCAGACCAUUCUCCAUGAGGAGCAGUAGAAGAUGCCGGCUCUGCCAGCACUGCUGCUGUCAAUACACUUCCUCUUCUUCCUGCUAGUCACCAUGCCUCCACACUCCCUCAGUCAGGCCCCUUUGCUUUCCUCUGUUCGAAUGGCGGCAAUCCUGGAUGACCAGUCUGUGUGUGGGCGCGGGGAGCGGCUGGCGCUGGCUCUGGCCAGGGAGAACAUCAACAGCGUGAUGGAGGGUCCGUCCCGAGCCCGAGUGGAGGUGGACAUAUACGAGCUGCAAAAAGACUCCCAGUACGACACUACUGACACCAUGUGUCAGAUUCUACCCAAAGGCGUCGUUUCUGUGAUAGGUCCCGCCUCCAGCCCCGCCUCUGGCUCUACUGUCAGUCAUAUAUGUGGAGAGAAGGAGAUCCCUCAUGUGAAGAUUGGUCCGGAGGAAACUCCCCGAUUGCCGUACCUGCGUUUUGCCUCUGUCACUCUGUACCCUAGCAACGAGGACCUGAGCCUGGCCAUAGAAGCCAUCUUGCGCUCAUUCAGUUACCCCUCAGCCAGCCUGGUCUGUGCCAAGGCUGAGUGCCUGCUGAGAUUGGAGGAACUGGUCCGCCACUUUCUCAUCUCUCGGGAGACGCUGUCAAUCAGGAUGCUGGAUGACAACCUGGAUCCUACGCCGCUGCUGAAGGAGAUCCGUGAUGACAAAGUGGCCACCAUCAUCAUUGACGCUAACGCAUCUAUCUCUUAUCUCAUCCUCAAGAAGGCAUCAGAGCUGGGGAUGACAUCGGCAUUUUACAAGUACAUCCUCACCACCAUGGACUUCCCACUCCUGAGACUGGAUGAUAUAGUGGAUGAGCAGUCCAACAUUGUGGGUUUCUCCAUGUUUAACACCACCCAUCCCUUCUAUUUGGAGUUCAUCAGGAGCCUCAACCUGUCUUGGAGGGAGGGAUGUGACCUAACGUACCCCGGCCCUGCGCUCUCAUCAGCGCUGAUGUUUGAUGCGGUGCAUGUGGUGGUGGGGGCGGUAAGGGAAUUGAACCGCAGUCAGGAAAUCGGUGUGAAGCCACUCAGCUGCACCUCACCUCAGAUCUGGCAACACGGGACCAGUCUUAUGAACUACCUGCGCAUGGUGGAGUAUGAUGGUCUGACAGGCCGUGUGGAGUUUAACAGCAAAGGUCAGAGGACCAACUACACCCUGCGGAUCCUGGAAAAACACAGAGGAGGCCACAAAGAGAUCGGGGUCUGGUACUCCAACAACACCCUGGCAAUGAACUCCACCAGCUUGGAUAUCAAUGUCUCAGAGACGCUAGCAAACAAGACACUCAUUGUCACCACCAUACUGGAGAGCCCAUAUGUGAUGCGCAGAGACAACUACCAGGACUUCCAGGGCAACGACCAAUAUGAGGGCUUUUGUGUCGACAUGCUGAAGGAGCUCGCAGACAGCUUAAAAUUCUCCUUCAAGAUCAAGCUGGUGGAUGACGGGCUGUAUGGCGCUCCAGAGCCAAACGGCUCUUGGACUGGCAUGGUUGGAGAGCUCAUCAACAGGAAAGCAGACCUGGCCGUAGCAGGCUUCACCAUCACAUCAGAGAGAGAGAAGGUUAUUGACUUCUCUAAGCCGUUCAUGACCCUGGGGAUCAGCAUCUUGUACCGAGUUCAACUGAGUCGGAAGCCAGGAUACUUCUCCUUCCUCGAUCCCUUCUCUCCAGCUGUCUGGCUCUUCAUGCUGCUCGCCUACCUGGCUGUCAGCUGUGUGCUCUUCCUGGCUGCAAGGCUGAGCCCCUAUGAGUGGUACAACCCUCACCCGUGUCUGCGAGAUCGCAGGGACAUUUUGGAGAACCAGUACACGCUGGGCAACAGCCUGUGGUUCCCUAUUGGCGGCUUCAUGCAGCAGGGAUCAGAGAUAAUGCCCAGAGCCCUAUCCACCAGAUGUGUUAGUGGGGUGUGGUGGGCAUUCACCCUGAUCAUCAUCUCCUCCUAUACAGCCAACUUGGCAGCCUUCCUGACUGUCCAGAGGAUGGAGGUUCCGAUUGAGUCUCCGGACGACUUGGCCGACCAGACCAACAUCGAGUAUGGCACUAUCCACGGAGGGAGCACCAUGACCUUCUUCAUGAACUCACGUUAUCAGACCUACCAGCGGAUGUGGAACUACAUGUACUCCAAGCAGCCCAGUGUAUUUGUGAAAAGCACAGAGGAGGGCAUCGCCCGUGUGGUCAGCUCCAACUAUGCCUUUCUGAUGGAGAGCACCAUGAAUGAGUACUACCGCGGCCGCAACUGUAAUCUCACAAAGAUAGGAGGCCUGCUGGAUACCAAGGGCUAUGGCAUUGGCAUGCCACUGGGGUCUCCGUUCAGAGAUGAGAUCACUCUGGCCAUCCUCCAGCUGCAGGAAAAUAACAGGCUGGAGAUACUGAAGAGGAGAUGGUGGGAGGGAGGCCGAUGCCCCAAAGAGGAGGACCACCGUGCAAAGGGUCUGGGCAUGGAGAAUAUUGGGGGCAUCUUUGUGGUGCUGAUCUGUGGCCUCAUCAUUGCCGUGUUUGUGGCCAUUAUGGAGUUUGUGUGGUCGACACGGCGCUCUGCAGAGACAGAUGAGGUAUGCCCCCAUACCUGCCCUCGCCGACCCCACAGACACACCCCAGUGUCUGUCUGUCAGGAGAUGAUUACAGAGUUCCGAAACGCCGUCUCCUGUAAGAAGACCUCCCGUAUGCGCCGCCGUCGGCCCCUCAGCAGCUCAGCAGCCCUGCGUCAUCCCACACGCAUAGCUCUGGGGGCCCCUCGGCCCCUGCGCUUGGUCCGGGAGAUGCGCCUCAGCAACGGCAAGCUCUACAGUGGAGCUGGUCCGCUGACAGGUGGAGCUGGAGGUGGAGGAGGUGGAGCAGGAGGUACGGGGCCUCCCGAUCUGGGCCCUGGGCCUCAAAGGAUUCCAGAUGAUCCACUAGGGGCCAACACCCCCCCUCCUCCACAGGCCCCUACCCCUGUGAUGUUGACCGCCCGAAGCUGCACCCAUGUGCGGAUCUGCCAGGAGUGCCGGAGGAUCCAGAGCCUAAGAUCAGGAUCAACCACAACAAGAAUACCACCUUCAUCUGCACCCCUGCCCAGGCUACCCGCACCCCCACCCCCAUCCUCAUCCAACACAGACAGUGAGGGUGGAGGGGGGGCCAGCCCAAGGCGGCAUCACCACAGCCCCCCGCCUCAUACCUCCCGACCCAUUCCACCUCCACAGAACAGCAACACCACAGACCUACUGGGCGACCAGGACUGAGACCAGACACAAAGGGGCAGAGUGAGAGGGCUGCAGGGGGGAGUGUGAACAACAUUUGUGCUGCAGAGAGAAACACUGCUUGUUUCCACAGUUUAAAUUCAUCGAAAAAGAAAAGAGGUAGAGAUGGAGUGACAAAACGUUGAACUCUGCGAGGUCAGCCUACAAAAAAUGGGACAACCUUUCAAAAGGAGAAUAACGGAGGGAAACAAUGAGACUUUCACCAGUUGAGCUUGAGGCCUGCAGACAGAACUGGCUACAAGCACGCUGUCAGAUGGUCGUCAGUUAAGCUUCUGUAAUAAACUCGGAAAAACAGAUCAGUUUGGACAAAUCUGAGUGGAAAUGCACAUGACCAGAUGAUCGUUUCUAUUGGCUUUGUUUUUUUUCUCCUUUCUCCCCCUCUCACUUCACCUUUUGAUUUGAGGGUGUUGGUUUUCUUCCACAGACAUUCCCUGAAAGCUUUCAACCCCUCUAGUAAAAUAAAGCCGUGUUGGAGGACAUACUGUUUCCAGAUGUGAUUAGAAACCGCAACUAAAAGACUUUCAGAGAACUAUUACCUUUUUUUUCUUCUUUUGUUGUCUUUUUUGUUUUGUUACCAUAGUUGUUUGUGGGAGUUACAGAGUAGUUAAAUUCAGACUAUGUGGGACAAUAUGGUGGAUUAUAACAGAUAAUUGUGUCCAAGAGUUUUGUGUCCCUCCCUGCACCCCUUAACUGCUUUUUGGAUGUUAUCAGGGAAGGCGGAUAAAACAACUUUAAGACAACAUAAUGCAAACGGUAGCAGACAAAACUGUCUGCCUUUCUUUACACUGUGCGUGUGUACGUAAAAAUGUGUGCUUCCUGUAAGUCUGUCUGUAACUACUUAAAGUGAGGAGAACCAUGUACCCAGCAACAGCACCCUUUUACAAAUGUUAGAUAAUCAGACAGCCACAAAAAGAGGAGGAAGAGCAAGAGGCUUUGAAAUGUGAAAUGAAUGUCCUUCGUUAUCCUGGGUACCACUUGCCAAGCCUUCUUUUUCACCUCUGUUCACACAGCGUAGAAGAGAUAGAGAGACCGGGCGAGGCAGAGCCAGAGAGGCAAGAAAAAGAAGAACAGAUAGAAAGAGGCAGCGAGUGGAAAGGACACUACUGAAUUUGAAUGAAAAAACCCUAACUGAACUACUUCCAUUAGUAGAUCUGUCCUGAUCUGUUAAUUCUGGGCAUCUUUUAAAUGGGCUUGUUAAUGCGCCAGCAAACUGUAGCUACAGCUUCCUCCCUUCUCUCUGUUUAACAGAUAGACUUGGCCGUUCACAGUAGAGGCUCCUGCCAGAGUGAUAGACUCAACACAGCCUUGUCAAUACAGUCUCAAGCUUUUGAUCGCCUAAUUACUCCCCUCGGGGGCUGGGGACUCAUUCAGGAGGGUGUCGAACACAGAGAAACAUGCUGAUGAAUAGAUUGAGGAGAAAUACAUGUUUUUUUCACUCUGGCUGGGAUAGGAAUCCAUUAUUAAUGUUACAUCCCUACUGUUGUGUGAAACUCAACUGAAACACUACAGUAUAUUAGCCCCUGUGGUUGAAUGAUAAACUAAAUACACUGGUGGAUUUGGAUGUUUUAGGCCUUUAACUCCUAAUUGUGGACACUUUAUUGAUGAUAAUUAUUCAAAGCAUACCAUACGUCGUAAAGCAGAUUUCCAAUCUCCCAAGAGAAUAAGGCUGGUGACAUUUCAUAUUUUUGUUAUUGUCAACAAAUCCAAUGAAAAGACCAAAACAACCAAUAACCUGAUGAAUUGAUCUGACUUAUCAAGUAGCCAAAGCCUCAUGUAGCUUAUUUACCUGUGCUAGACCUCCAUU